UUCAACUCCGCGUAAGUGCCUCCCCUGGGGCUGUAUUGUAAUAAGAUAGUCCAAAAUAGUUCGUGGAAUACAUCUCGAUGUAUUGAAUCGCAUUGCGAAAACAAGCUACUUCUUCGCAUUGCGCGUCAUGCGAGAGUAUUCAAACCGGACUCGGUGUACUGCCUUUUCUGUUACAUUAGUAAUAACAGCAGCAUUGACUGGAGACAGCAGGAGUGCAAGACAACGCUUGUACGAGUGCAGCGCCAACGGAGGAAUAUUUGAGUUUUUAUUUACUCUACGGCUUGUUGUUCAUUUUUUGGUUCUGCUUUAUGGUUACUUGUACAGUCACGUGUGAAGAUUUCUUGAAGCUGAACGUACACCAACUUCUUCUCACGUGGUGGCUCUUGUUUUCCUGGAGGAAAUAAACCUGCGUUUUGACAUCUCUGGACUGGAUUCCUUCCCCUCCUGAGACAGACGGACAACAACCACACGUUUUCACCCUCGGGGAUGAAAUAUGCAACGGAUGUAAGAAGGGCCGCCACGUUCUGAAGUCCAAAGUGGUUUUAAGUCAUGAUGCAGGAGUCGGCCACAGAGACAAUAAGCAACAGUUCAAUGAGUCAAAAUGGAAUGAGCAGCCUGAGCAGCCUAUGCAGCCAAUUAGAUGCUGGCAGUAGAGAUGGAAGAUCAAGCGGUGACACGAGCAGCGAAGUAAGCACAGUCGGGCUGCUGCAUCUCCAACAACAGCAGGCCCUACAAGCAGCGAGACAAUUACUCUUACAACAGCCAGGCAGUGGCCUGAAAUCUCCAAAGAACAACGACAAACAGCGUCCACUGCAGGUGCCAGUGUCGGUGGCCAUGAUGAGUCCCCAGGUGAUCACCCCCCAGCAGAUGCAGCAGAUCCUCCAGCAGCAGGUCCUAUCCCCUCAGCAGCUCCAGGCCCUGCUCCAACAGCAGCAGGCUGUGAUGCUGCAGCAGUACUGUGCGAGGCCAUUUAAAGUCCAUAUGGAGAAGACAUGGCGGGAGAGCGAGACUACACAACAUCUGCAGGAGUUUUAUAAGAAACAACAGGAGCAGCUACACCUACAGCUUUUACAACAGCAGCACCCUGGAAAGCAAGCAAAAGAGCAACAGCAGCAGCAGCAGCAGCAUCAGCAGCAGCUUGCCACCCAGCAGCUCGUCUUCCGGCAGCAACUCCUCCAGAUGCAACAGCUCCAGCAGCAGCAGCACCUGCUCAACAUGCAGCGCCAGGGCCUGCUCUCCCUGCCCCCAGCCCCAGGACAGGCAGCCCUCCCCGGGCAGACCAUGCCACCAGCUGGACUGAGCCCAGCGGAUCUCCAACAGUUGUGGAAGGACGUGACCGGCGGCCACAACAUGGAGGACAACGACAUCAAACACAGCGUCGGCGGCGGCGGCCUGGACCUGACCACGACCAACUCUUCCUCGACUACCUCCUCCACCCCGUCCAAAGCGUCUCCUCCCAUCGCCCACCACUCCAUCGCCAACGGCCAGUCUCCCGCACUCAAUUCCAGAAGGGAGAGGGAGCGAGAGAGGGAACGGGAACGGGAGAGGUACGGAAACUCAUUACACGAGGAAAGUGGAGCCUCCCACCCCCUCUAUGGUCACGGGGUGUGCAAGUGGCCCGGCUGCGAAAGCGUCUGUGAGGACUUCGGACAGUUUUUGAAGCACCUUAACACUGAGCACGCUCUAGACGACAGGAGCACGGCCCAGUGUCGAGUCCAGAUGCAGGUGGUACAGCAGCUAGAGAUACAGCUUUCUAAAGAACGUGAGCAUCUUCAGGCGAUGAUGGCCCACUUGCACAUGCGGCCCUCGGAGCCCAAGCCAUCUCCAAAACCUCUGAACUUGGUAUCGAGCGUCACCAUGUCGAAGAACCUGCCGUCGGUGUCCCCUCCGAACGUACCUCAGACCCCCACCACGCCCAGCGCCCCCGUGACGCCCAUGUCCCAGGUGCCCCAGGUGCCCUCCCUGCUCAGCGCCGCCAACGUCCCCAGCAUGGGCGCCAUGCGCAGACGCCACUCCGACAAAUACUCCAUGCAACUGUCUUCAGGUGGUGACACAGUAUUUAUUUUUCCAGAGAUCGCCCCAAACUAUGAGUUUUAUAAGAAUGCCGAUGUCAGACCGCCAUUUACUUAUGCAACCCUCAUAAGGCAGGGUAUCAUGGAGUCCGGCGACAUGCAGUUAACGCUUAAUGAAAUCUACAGCUGGUUCACCCGCACGUUCGCUUACUUCAGACGCAACGCAGCUACUUGGAAGAACGCCGUUCGCCACAACCUCAGUCUGCACAAGUGCUUUGUGCGCGUGGAGAACGUGAAGGGGGCCGUGUGGACGGUGGAUGAGAUGGAGUACCAGAAACGCAGGUCUCAGAAGAUAACAGGAAGCCCGACGCUUGUGAAGAACCUUCCCUCCAGCCUGGGCUAUGGAGCUGCUUUAAACGCCAGCUUACAGGCGGCGCUGGCUGAGACCUCCCUGCCUCUACUGGGGAACCCUGGUCUGAUGAACAGCAGUUCGUCUGGUUUGAUGGGAGGCAGUCCUCAUGGUUUAAUGGGCGGGAGCCCCCCUGGUAUGCUCGGCGGUAGCCCCCAUGGAUUGAUGGGUGGUAGCCCACAUGGAUUCAUGGGCGGGAGCCCCCAUGGAUUGAUGGGUGGCAGCCCCCCAGGAAUGAUGGGUAGCAGCCCCCCCAACCUGCUCCAGUCCAGUCACGACGACUUGAACGGAUCGCUGGAUCACCUGGACACCAACGGCCACAGCAGCCCCGGAGGAUACUCCCCACAGGCACACAUGUCAGCGAUCCACGUCAAGGAGGAGCCGUUGAACAUGGACGACAAUGACUGUCCGAUGUCGCUGGUGACGACAGCCAACCACAGCCCAGAGCUGGACGACGACCGGGAGCUGGAGGAGGGCAACCUAUCAGAUGACCUGGAGUGACUACUGGAGUCCCUCCCACUACUACAGGCCCCUCCCUCCACCUCCGUCACACUGUCCUCCAACCUGUUUCCUCACAGGCUGCCCUCCUAGAACCUGCUAAUACCAGAACCACUCCUCACCCAGAACCAAACAGAUCAGACCACAGCUGACUCUCCUCCUUCCCGACCCGCGGACUGGAGUAUUUAUUGAGCAUGCAUCCGGAAGACGAGGCCCAAAGGAACUCUUUGUUGCAGCCCUUUGGGAUCCCUGACUGAACAUGACAGGCAUGAGAUGUCUGGUUUUUAAAAGGACUUCCAGACUUGUUUCAUUAAGAUGGCUUGGCCACUACAUACACACCGACACACACAGAGGCUCAUGGACGGAUAACGACAAAAACACGAGUCUUGAAACCCGUGCUGUAGAAAGCUAACGGCCUCUUAUAUACUGCCAAAAAAAGAUGUUGAAUUUUGUGAAUAUCAAAAACCCUCACAGUAGUUGUUGAUGUUAGAAACAAUUGCUGGUUCAAUUCAAACGUUGUUGCUCUGUCCAUCAUUUGCACAUGAGUAGUAUCAGAAAUUAGUGUCACUGCCUGUAUGUUGCUAAAAAAACACAAAAAAAUGUAUUUUCCUUUCUUGUUGC